UAUGUAGUUGUGUGUUUAGCUAAGCAAGCAUACUCAAAAGUCUACUACUACUACAAUAUGUCAUUGCAUCUAGCUUUCAAAAACCUAUCAGCUAGCUCUCACUAACAGAUUGAUCGAAAAGCUAGUUAGUGAUCACCAUGAAUUUUAUUGAUAGGUCGAGGCCGAGGUCCAACCCGGACACUACAAUGGCUAACCUUAGGCAAUUCGUAAUCACUCAAUACCAGGCUGCGCCAAGACAAGUUAAAAACAUGGCACAACAGUUCUUUAAUGCUAUGGACAGAGAUGGAAACAAGAGUGUUGAUUAUUCUGAGUUCAAGUUUUUCUUGGUUUCGGAAGGUUUGGAGUACUAUGCAGGCCGAAACUUGUUUAUGAUGUUAGACGGAGAUGGCAAUCGAGGUUUAGAUUUUUGGGAGGUGAUGACUCUGUACUACAUUAUUAAAAGUGGGAGGCCGUUCUGUUUUAGUUGUGACAUUUUUUUGUCGGGUGUUUAUCAAGUGUGUAAUAUGUGCCGUGGAGGUCCUUCGUAUAUCUGCAACAACUGUCAACAAGGCCACCUAGCAGAGCACCUUCAGCCAAAGAUACGUCAAACAAUACGUCCUUCAAUGAAUAGGCCUCGAGCACCAAAUGCAGGAGCCAUGUAUCCUUCUCGUGGCCAUCCUGCCAGGUUUUCAUCAUCUAAUUCCAUGGUUCCCGUGACUAGAAGUGCAGCUCAUUUUUCAUCUUCUAAUUCCAUGGUUACGAUGAACAGAAAUAAUGCUAGUUUUUCAUCGUCUAAUUCCAUGGUUCCGAUGAACAGAAAUAAUGCUAGUUUUUCAUCGUCUAAUUCCAUGGUUCCGAUGAACAGAAAUAAUGCUAGUUUUCAGGUAAGGGAUGACUACAGCUCAUUGAGGACAGCAUACAAGGCAUUUGAGAUGGCAAUGGACAUGGCAGACUUAGCUUCUACCUUGGCUUCCUGUUCUAUUAUGUGACACAUGAUCAAAAGCUUCAUGUUUCUGUACCUUGUUUUACAUUUUCUGUUAUCCCAAAUAAAUCUAGUGAAGUACUUUUUAAGUUAUAAUGGUUCUUUUUUGUCAGAUAAUAUACUAUUAUCGAUAUAUUUUACUACCAGAGAAUUACUAUGUCGACAAAGAUCUGUUUCGUAGACUAGACAGGGAGGAUAAUGGGAGUCUGGACUUCUGGGACGUAAUGACUCUCUGCUAUAUUAUCAUUAUCAGAAGUGGCAUCUUACUCUGUUGUUACGAAUACCUUACUAUGAUCUUAAUACUUAGUUGUGCUUAA